GAAGCGCGCGCCCGAACUGCCGCCGCCGCCGCCGCCGCCGAAUCCCCAACAAGGAAAGAAGCCCCCGGCCGCCGCCGCCGCCGCAGUUCUCGCUGCCGUCGUCGCCGCGGCCGGGCGUCCGAGCAGGCCGGCGUGGCCCCAGGAUUGGGAACCUGGAAGAGUGACGCUGCAGUCCGAGCGUCCUCUCCUCAGAGCCAUGGCUACGCCAGAUGUGAGUGUCCACAUGGAAGAGGUGGUGGUUGUGACGACCCCAGACACUGCAGCCGACGGCAGUGGUGUGGAGGAGGUGAAGACGGUGCUGGUGACCACGAACCUGGCCCCUCACGGGGGUGACCUGGCAGAAGACAAUGUGGACACAGAAAACGCAGCUGCUGCUGCCGCCGCAGCCUUCACAGCCUCCUCGCAGCUCAAGGAGGCCGUGUUAGUGAAGAUGGCUGAAGAGGGGGAAAGCUUGGAGGCUGAGAUUGUGUAUCCCAUUACCUGCGGAGACAGCAGAGCCAACCUGAUUUGGAGGAAGUUCGUUUGCCCUGGCAUCAAUGUGAAAUGUGUUCAGUAUGACGAGCAUGUGAUUAGCCCCAAGGAGUUUGUGCACCUGGCGGGGAAGUCCACUCUGAAGGACUGGAAAAGAGCCAUCCGGAUGAAUGGUAUCAUGCUCAGGAAGAUCAUGGACUCAGGGGAGCUGGACUUCUACCAGCAUGACAAGGUCUGCUCCAACACCUGCCGCAGCACAAAGAUAGACCUCUCGGGGGCCCGUGUGUCCCUGAGCAGCCCCACGGCCACAGAGUACCUCCCACUCACACCUGCUGCAGCGGAUGUGAAUGGCUCUCCUGCCACCAUCACCAUAGAGACAUGUGAGGACCCCAGCGACUGGACCACAGCCAUUGGAGAUGACACAUUUGCCUUCUGGCGGGGGCUAAAGGAUGCUGGCCUGCUGGACGAGGUCAUUCAAGAAUUCCAGCAGGAACUGGAGGAAACUAUGAAAGGCCUGCAGCAGAGGGUGCAGGACCCUCCCCUGCAGCUCCGAGAUGCUGUCCUCCUCAACAACAUUGUACAGAACUUUGGCAUGCUGGACCUAGUAAAGAAGGUGCUGGCCAGCCACAAGUGUCAAAUGGACCGCUCUCGGGAGCAGUAUGCCCGGGACCUGGCAGCCCUGGAGCAGCAGUGUGACGAGCAUCGGCGCCGUGCCCGGGAACUGAAGCACAAAUCCCAGCACCUCAGCAAUGUGCUCAUGACACUCACACCUGUGCCCCUGCCACCCCCUGCCAAGCGGCCUCGGCUUGCACGCGCCACGUCUGGACCAGCUGCUGUGGCCUCGCAAGUGCUCACCCAGUCCGCGCAGAUUGCCCUCGGCCCAGGCGUGCCUGUGCCCCAGCUGGCCAGUGUGCCACUUGGUAAAGUGGUAUCCACGCUGCCCUCGGCUGUCCUGGGCAAGGGCUCUCCUCAGGCUCCACCAGCCAGCUCGCCAGCCUCGCCGCUGCUCGGUGGCUACACAGUCCUGGCCUCCUCAGGCUCCAGCUUCCCCAGCACAGUGGAGAUCCACCCGGACGCAUCCAGCCUCACAGUCCUAAGUACAGCAGCCAUGCAGGACGGCAGCACUGUGCUGAAGGUGGUCAGUCCGCUACAACUGCUCACGCUUCCCAGCCUGGGCCCCACCCUGCAGAAUGUGGCUCAGGCGUCACCUGCAGGCAGCACAAUAGUGACAGUGCCCACUGCCACGGCCCCAGGGCCUGAGGAACACACAACCACCAUUGAGGUGGCUGCUGUGGCAGAGGACCAUGAGCAGAAGUAGCCAGGAGCCUAGGCCUCUUGCAGGGUAUGUCCUGGGAGGGUGAGGCCCCUCAGGGCGGGUGGAGCUGGCUGCCUCUCCUCAGGCCGCUGCAGGCAGAGGCCAUGGGGCUGGCUCAGCACAGGCAGGUCUAGUGGGCUGAACCAAAGAGAGGCAUCACUAGGCAAAUGAGAAGACAGAUGCCAGCAACCUGGAAGAUGGGUCUUCAAGUCCAAACUUCCUCCCCUUUUCUCUUGGGAAAUAGACUUUCCACCUGUUGCUUGUUGAUACUGUUUACACAUUGGGCCUUGAGCAGGAGCCAGGGGAACAGUGGCCAGGAGGAGUGCAUCUGGGUGCAGCCAGGUGCAGGCAGCAGAGCCAGGACGGCAGGUGCCUGAGACCCUGAAGGUGCUGGUAGUGCCAGAGCCCGCCAAGUCACUGAGGUCCUGGUGCCCACGCGCCGUCUCGGGGACGUUACUAACACAUGUCUUGGGAACUGUACCCAAGUGUGGAAACCCAUGGAUCCUAUGGAUUUGGUUUCUUCCCACAGUUUUCUGUAGGGUUAGUGUGGCCACGCCCCACUCCUCUGCCUGUGUGGGAAUGUGCACCCUGGGGGCCAAGAUGCAGGCCCCGGGCAGCACCUGCCCCCACCCCAGGUGCUUAGAUGGGGCACCCAGGCAUACCAGGCAGGGUCAGGAGCCAUUGAUCACGUGCUACAGGUGUUUUUAAGUGAAUUGCUUAGUAGGCUUCCAGGAAGAAUCAAAUUUGUAGCAUUUUCAACCAAAACAAUGCUGAGUGCCUAGGCUUCCCAAGGCAGCUCUGGUAUGGGCCUGGAGCACUUGUGUAUGCACCUGGCCAGGUGCUGGAGUUCCUGGGCAGUGCCCCUCCCCAAGAUGAGGCUCUUUGUGGGGUUUGUAUAGGGGUGUUCCUUCAGACUUGGGGGUGCUGAGAUGGCCCCUGUGUGCAGUCAGCUGAUGGGACCCCCAGAGCAUACAGCAGGCCAGUUGGGGGACGUGGGGCCCAAGAUAUUCCAGGAAGGGCUGUCUGUUGACAGUUUGCAGAUCAGGGUUUGGGAUCUCGAGGAAGACCAGGCAGGGGGCUGUCCUCCAGGCCAGAGCCUCUGGAGCUAGACAUUUCAGGAAGUGGGAUAAUCCCUGGGGCCAGUUAUCCACAGACCCUUCUGGUGGUUGUUGGCCAAGAACCCCACAGCAGGAGAAGGCUGCAGUCCCUCUUUGCUGCCUUGAAAGGAACUAGCUGUCCCUCUCUCUGUCCAUCCAUCCCACUAAGUGCCCAGACCCAACCUUUACACCUUUGUUUUGACCAGGGCCCCACGUCAAGCUACUGUUCUGUUUCUUAUUUUCUUUCUGUUACAUCCUUGUUUGCU